AUGGCCGGGUCGCCUUCCCAGAAGGAAGGCAUUCGUGCACUGUGCGCCUCUGGCCGGUGCUUUGCCCUUGCAAGGAUCCCGCCAGGGAGACACUGUCAUCCCCAAAGCGCCCGCCUGGACACCACUGCCGGGUCCCAGUCACCAGAGGAGGAUCUAGAAAAAUUCAAGGAAGGCGUGCCGAAGCGGAGGGUCCCUGAAGCGCCGGGCCGAGUCAGCGGCAGAAAGACGGUACUGCGGCCCCAGGCUUCGCAGAGAGUCUAUCUCUGCAUUCCAGGUCAGCCUGGGCGCUGCAGGAAGCGACAUGACCUAGGUGGCUCCCCUGAGGUCCCAGGCAUCUCCAGGGCUGCUCCUGCAGCUGCCGUGGCCCUCUCCCCAGGUGCACCGGCGGUGAUGCAGCAGCUGCGAGCGGAGACACAUGCCAUCGGGGCUGGUGAGGGGCCACAGCGUGCCGUGCCCUGGUCGGCCUGGGUCACGCGGGAGGGCUGGGUGCGCUGGUGCAUGUGCCAUGUGCCCCCAAGCUGGACCCAGUGGUGGGCCACCUCAGGCUGGCGGCAACCGCUGCAGCAUGUGUGGUGGGGUCUGGAGGGGAUCCUCUACCUGCUGCUGGCGCUGAUGCUGUGCCGCGCACUCUUCACCACCGGCUCCCUCCUGCUGAGCUCCCUGUGGCCCGUGGCAGCUGCGGCGUGGCUCCACCUGCUGCCGGCUGUCCUGCUGCUGGCGCUCAGUGCCCUCCCCACCCUGCUUCUCACGGCCGCCUUCCUGCUGCUUUUCUCCACACUGCUGAGCCUCGUGGGCCUCCUCACCUCCAUGUCUCACCCAAGCCAUGCUCAGGACUUGGACUAAUAGAAGGGCAAUGCCAUCCUGCUGCUUGUGUCUGUUGAGCCCUGGCCUAGGGCCUGAA